CUCAGACUGACGGCCGGGCGGACCAUGGCGUCCUCUGCUCGCCUGGUCACCAUCAAGCGGAGCGGCGGCGACGGCGCACACUUCCCGCUGAGCCUCAGCUCCUGCCUGUUCGGAAGGAGUAUUGAAUGUGACAUUCGUAUCCAACUGCCUGUGGUGUCAAAAAAGCAUUGCAAAAUUGAAAUCAAUGAGCAGGAGGCAAUAUUGUAUAAUUUCAGUUCCACAAAUCCAACGCAAGUAAAUGGGACUACUAUAGAUGAGCCUGUGCAGCUGAAGCAUGGAGAUAUAAUAACAAUCAUUGACCGAUCUUUUCGGUAUGAAAAUGGAAAUCAUGAGGAUGGAAGCAGAUCAACAGGAUUUCCAGAAAAAUCACUUGGACAGGAACCGGUGCGGCGAGCCUCGAGUGCUAGCUUCUCUGAUGACCCUGAUGGAAAAGGUCAAGAUGCCAAAGCUUCAAAGACCACUGCUUCAAGAAGAUCUUUGGUACAUGCCAAGAAACUUCCUGGAGACAGUUCUGCCUCAGAUGGCUCAAAGGACAAUGUUACCCAAGAUCCAUCCAAUACCUGUUCUUCAGAGCAUGUAGAACAGCACAGUGGCAGAAACAUAGGAGAGCCCAUUUCUGGUGAUCUUUUUAAGAAGUCCAGGGCUUCAGGGAGUAGUUACAGGGAACUGAAGUCUUCUCCUGCACAUAGUCUUAGCAACAGCAAGAAAAAUGAAUCUCCCUUUGAGAAACUUUAUCAGUCAAUGAAGGAAGAGUUGGAUAUAAAAUCACAAAAACCGUCUCGUAGGAAAUCAGAACCACAACCUGAAUGUGCAGCAGGAAAGGAAACAUGGGAGACAAAGCUGUUGGUGUCAUGCAAGUCAAGAGCAAAAUCCAGUGGAAGCACCCCUGGUACUGCCGCUUUGUCACCCAAGGGAGGGAAGAUCUGGAGUGAGAACCAGAGCAGUGCUGAGGGGCCUCUUCAGACUUCCACAGAGGCUCCGAGUUCAAGAGUCUCUCUCACUGCGACAGCUAAAACGAAGACCCCUGUGCGGACUUCACAGCAACUUAAGAAUGAAGACUUCCAUGUUAGUGGCAGAAGAGAGUCUGUGAAUCUGGACGAAAGUGAAGGUGCCAAGGCAGUUCAGAAAAUAGUCACCCCCAGGAAGCUGGGAACUAGAAACCAGACUCCAGUGAAAGUUGAAGAUGCUGCCAGCCCUGCUGAUAAGCCAGAAAAUCUCUUUUCCAGAAAGAGGAGGAGUAUUUCUGCAAAAGUAGAAGUACUGUCUGCAGAAACACAAAACUGGUUCUCUUCAACUCAGCAUCUUGCUCCAGGUGAAAAGAAAACUCCAAAGGAGUCCAACAAGCCUGAGAAAUUGGCCACAGCAGCUGAGCAGAUUUGCUCUGGGCUACCUGGUCUUAGUUCUGUUGAUAUCAGCAACUUUGGUGACUCUAUUAACAAGGGUGAGGGAGUGUCUUUGAAGAAAAGACGUGUAUCCUUUGGUGGUCGUCUAAGACCUGAACUGUUUGAUGAAAACUUACCUCCUAAUACACCACUCAAAAGAGGAGAAACACCAACAACCAAGAGGAAAUCACUUGCCAUUCACACUCCAGCUGUCCUGAAGAAAAUCAUCAAGGAACGGCCUCAGUCACCAGGGAAACUAGAGUCUCCUGGAAUAACGCCACCAACAGCAAACGAUCAAAGACGCAGAUCGGGGAGGAGCUUGUCUGCUUCCAGUGACAACAAAUCCUUACAUCAGACAGACACUCCCAAGAAAGCAGGCAGGAAGAGUGGCAUCCUGCCUGCCAAGAGAGCAUCCAUCAGCCGAAGUCAGCAUGACAUUUUACAGAUGAUUUGCUCCAAGAGAAGAAGUGGGGCUUCUGAAGCCAACUUGAUUGUUGCAAAAUCAUGGGCAGAUGUUGUAAAACUUGGUGCAAAACAAACACAGACGAAAGUUGUAAAACAUGUUCCUCAAAAGCAGACGAGCAAAAGACAAAGAAGACCUAAUACUCCAAAGAAACCUACAAGCAACCUUCACAAUCAGUUUAGCACAGGCCAUGCAAACUCUCCCUGUACCAUUGUAAUAGGGAGAGCUCAGAUUGAAAAAGCAAGCAUGCCUGCUCGACCUUACAAAAUGCUUAACAACUUGAUGUUAAACCAGAAAAUAGACUUCAAUGAAGAUCUGUCAGGACUAACUGAAAUGUUCAAGACACCAGUGAAAGAGAAGCAGCAGCAGAUGAAUGAUAUGGCUUCCAUUCUUUCAAAUUCAGAGAAUUUGCCUGAAAAACAGUUUCAAGUAACUAAUUUAGCACACAAGUCUCUGCCUGGCACCUCAGAGAUUUUGGGAGAAAAUGUGCUCUCCAGUACUCGGAAUGCAGCAAAGGAACUAUCUGAUGAAUGUUUUGCAAGUCCUACUUUAAGGCAGAGGAGCAUCAAAAAUGGAAAAACAGUGCAAACUCCUAAGAACAUCCAUGAUAUUACUCAUCCAGGCUCUGUUACAGAGCUUCUGAAGACAGUAUCCAGUGUGAACAAGUUAAGGUCUAGAGAGCUUAGACAUACAUUUGUAGAAAGUGUGCAUGAAAGCACAGAAACAGGCCUUACUGAGGGUAUCACAGGAAGACAAUUAAGAAAGACAUCACUGCAAGAACAAGAAGUGGAUCAACAGAUGCAGGACAGUGAAAACACUUCACAAAGAUCCAAGGAAAUUGUUAAAUUAAAAGAAGUUCCAGAAAAAACAUCAGCUAUGGGAUCAUGCACUAAGGAGCAGAAGUCAAGAAAAGACUCAAUAGGAAGUCAAGUGGUCACCCAAACAGUAGCCUGUGCUGAGGAACUACUUAAUCAAGUAAAGGGAACCACAGAAACACCAGAGGAAUCCAUGCGCGUGCAAAACGCAUCAAUAAGUGAUGGUCAAAGAGCUACAAAACAGAAAGGAGACCUAGCAUAUGCAACCAAAGUAAAGCGCUUGUCAAGGACUCCUGACAAAAAGACACAAGCUCUAGAAGGCCCAGCUGGUCUCAAGGAGCCUUUUGAAACACCAAACUGUAGAGACAAACCCAUACGUGAUGAGAAAACCAAAGUCCUUUGCAAGUCCCCACAACAUACACCAGAGAACACCAAAACAAGCACAAAACCACGGCCCAGCAAUUCUGGAAAGAAAGUGGAGAUAAAAGAACACUCUGCAAUAAAGAAGUUUGUAGACAUGUCAGGAGGAAUUAGGUACACCCCUAAAAUUCCAGAACUGGAACAUGGGGCCAUCAAAGCUUUGAAGGACUCUGAAAAUCAAAUGCUGAACCUGACUAUAACUGGUAGAAAGAAAUCGGUAGGAAAAGCUAAGGAAAAGGCUCAUCCCUUGGAAAACCUUGAUGGCUUCCAGGAACUCUUUCUAUCACCAGUCCCUGCUGACAAAAUCACAAAAAUGCCCAACAAAUCUCAAUAUCAAGAACAUAUCAGAACUCCAGCAAGCAGAAAGAGACUCUCGAAGACAGGUCUUGGUAACACAGAUGUGAAAGAAGAGCUGUCAACCCCUGGGAAACAAACAAAGUCAUCAGGCAGAGCCACACACACCCCCACAGCAUCAGUGCUAGAAGAGACUGACAGCACAUUCAUUAUGGAAACUCCAAAGCAGAAACUGGAUUUCACAGAGAAUUCAACAGGACACAAGAAAAGGACACAGGCACCAAAGAACAGGGCUGAACCCCUAGAAGACCUAGAUGGCUUCCAAGAACUCUUCCAAACUCCAGUUGGUGCCUGUAAUCCAGUGACUGCUGUGGAAACUACAGAGUUGUCUUUGGAAUCUGCACAAGCAGAACCAGUCAAAACCCCAGCAAGCAGAAAGAGACUCUCCAAGACCAAUCUCAGGAAAGUGGAUGUGAAAGAAGGGCUGUCAACCCCUGGGAAACAAACAAAGUCACCAGGCAGAGCCACACACACACCCACAACAUCUGUGUUGGAAGAGAGUGACAGCACAGCUUUUGUGGAAACUCCAAAACAGAAACUGGAUUCCACAGAGAAUUCAACAAGACGCAAGGGAAGGUCACAGGCACCUAAGAACAGGGCUCAACCCCUAGAAGACCUGGAUGGCUUCCAAGAACUCUUCCAAACUCCAGUUGGUGCCUGUAAUCCAGUGACUGCUGUGGAAACUACAGAGUUGUCUUUGGAAUCUGCACAAGCAGAACCAGUCAAAACCCCAGCAAGCAGAAAGAGACUCUCCAAGACCGAUCUCAGGAAAGUGGAUGUGAAAGAAGGGCUGUCAACCCCUGGGAAACAAACAGAGUCACGAGGCAGAGCCACACACAACCCACAACAUCUGCUAGAAGAGACUGACAGCACAUUCAUUAUGGAAACUCCAAAGCAGAAACUGGAUUCCACAGAGAAUUCAACAGGAUGCAAGAGAAGGUCACAGGUACCAAAGAACGGGUCUGAACCCCUAGAAGACCUGGAUGGUUUCCAAGAACUCUUCCAAACUCCAGUUGGUGCCUGUAAUCCAGGGACUGCUGAGGAAACUACAAAGUUGUCUUUGGAAUCUGCACAAGCAGAACCAGUCAAAACCCCAGCAAGCAGAAAGAGAUUCUCCAAGAUAGGUCUUAGUAAGGCAGAUGUGAGAGAAGAGCUGUCAACCCCUGGGAAACAAACAAAGUCACCAGGCAGAACCACGCACACACCCACAGCACCAGUGCAGCAGGAAAAAGGGAUAAAAGCAAUUAUGGAAACUUCAAGUCAGGAACUGGAGCCUGUAGGAAUUUUAAGGGGGUCUAAGAAACAGCCUACAACACCUAAGGAAGAGGGCCAAUCUCUAGGAGACCUAUUUGGACUUCAGGAGCUGUUCCAAACACCAGACUAUGGCAAUGGCCCAUUGGCUGUUGGCAAAAGCAAAAAGAAGUCCGUCAAUGCUCUACAAUCAGAACCUGCAAUAUCCCCCAAAAGCAUAAAGAGACAGUCCAGGGCAAGUAUGGGUAAAAUGGAAAUAAAAGAAGAACUUUCAGAAUCAGUGAAACACCCACAAAUAGAAAAGCUCAUAGACACACUCCAAGAACCUGAUGAUAACAAUGUCAUUAGAACAUCGAAGCAAUCUUUAAAGCGGAAACUGGAACCAGCAGCUAGUAUGCCUGGCAGCAAGAGGCUGCGAUGUGCAUCUAAGAAUAAGACACCAUGCCUGGAAGAACUGAGUUGUUUGCAACAGCUCUUCCAAACACCAGGGCAUGCUAAAGAUUCAGUGUCUAUUGGUGAAAUGUCAAAAAUCCUCACCAAAACUCCACAGUCAGGACCAGUUAGAAGACAAACCAGUAGAAAGAAUCUGCCCAAGAUGAGUCUCAGGAAAAUGAAUGUUACAGAAGAACUUUCAGCACUCUGGAAGCAGUCACCAGGCAAAGCCCUCACAGCAUCAGUGCAGCAGGAUAAUGGAAUACAAGCAAUUAUAAAGAUUCCACAGGGGAAACUAGAGACUGCAGCAAAUGUAACUGGGCUUAUAAGACAGCAAAGACCACCUAAAGAAAAAGUCCUACCCUUGGGAGACCUUGAUGGCUUCCAAGAACUCUUCCAAACACCAGACCACAGCAUUGAUCCAGUAAUUGGUAACAAAAGAACAAGUAUGUCCUUGAAAUCUCCACAACCAGUACUUGUUAGAACCCCACAAACCUCAAAGAGACUAGCCAAGACAAGUCUUGGGAAAGUAGGUGUGGGAGAAGAGAUCUCCUCACUGCAUAUGACAAGGCGUGCUGCAGGGGAGAGUCUACAUAUACCCAGUCUUUCAGAAGAUGGCAGACGGAACAAGGAUCUGAAGAAAUUGAGAACUCAGGCACUGGGCACAUCAGUAAAUGUAACUCGCAGUAAGAAACAGCAAAGGGCACAUAAGGAAAGGUCUCAGUCCCCUGAAGACUUAUUUGGUCUCCAGGAGCUCUUCCAAACACCAGCUAGUCAAAAAGAGUUAAUGACUGUUUGUGAAACUACAAAAGCGUCUUUGGAAUCUUCAGAACCAGAACUUAUCAGAACUCCAACAAGCAGAAAGAGACUCUCCAAGACAGGUCUUGGUAACAUAGAUGUGAAAGAAGAGCUGUCAACCCCUGGGAAACAAACAGAGUCACCAGGCAGAGCCACACACACCCCCACAGCAUCAGUGCUAGAAGAGACUGACAGCACAUUCAUUAUGGAAACUCCAAAGCAGAAACUGGAUUUCACAGAGAAUUCAACAGGACACAAGAAAAGGACACAGGCACCAAAGAACAGGCCUGAACCCCUAGAAGACCUAGAUGGCUUCCAAGAACUCUUCCAAACUCCAGUUGGUGCCUGUAAUCCAGUGACUGCUGUGGAAACUACAGAGUUGUCUUUGGAAUCUGCACAAGCAGAACCAGUCAAAACCCCAGCAAGCAGAAAGAGACUCUCCAAGACCGAUCUCAGGAAAGUGGAUGUGAAAGAAGGGCUGUCAACCCCUGGGAAACAAACAAAGUCACCAGGCAGAGCCACACACAUACCCACAACAUCUGUGUUGGAAGAGAGUGACAGCACAGCUUUUGUGGAAACUCCAAAACAGAAACUGGAUUCCACAGAGAAUUCAACAGGAUGCAAGAGAAGGUCACAGGCACCUAAGAACAGGGCUCAACCCCUAGAAGACCUGGAUGAUGGCUUCCAAGAACUCUUCCAAACUCCAGUUGGUGCCUGUAAUCCAGUGACUGCUGUGGAAACUACAGAGUUGUCUUUGGAAUCUGCACAAGCAGAACCAGUCAAAACCCCAGCAAGCAGAAAGAGACUCUCCAAGACCGAUCUCAGGAAAGUGGAUGUGAAAGAAGAGUUGUCAACCCCUGGGAAACAAACAAAGUCACCAGGUAGAAUCACACACAUACCCACAGCAUCUGUGUUGGAAGAUACUGACAGCACAUUCAUUAUGGAAACUCCAAAGCAGAAAAAGGACUUCAUAGGGAACUCAACAGGAUGCAAGAGAAGGUCACAGGCACCAAAGAACAGGGCUCAACCCCUAGAAGACCUAGAUGGCUUCCAAGAACUCUUCCAAACUCCAGUUGGAGCCUGUAAUCCAGUGACUGCUGAGGAAUCUACAAAGUUGUCUUUGGAAUCUGCACAAGUAGAAUCAGUCAGAACCCCAGCAAGCAGAAAGAGACUCUCCAAGACCAGUCUCGGGAAAGUGGAUGUGAAAGAAAAGCUCUCUCUGCUGAGUAAACCAAGAUGUUCAUCACUGGAAGUUAUGCAUGCAUCCAAACUUUCAGUAGAUGGUGGCAGAGGAACCAAAUCUUUGAAGGAAUCUGCAGCUCAGGCAUUGGACACAGCAGUAAGUGUAACUCGCAGCAAGAGGCAGCGAGGGGCAUGUAAGAAAAGGUCUCAGUCUCCAGAAGAUCUAUUUGGUCUCCAGGAGCUCUUCCAAACACCAGGCUAUGAUGAGGCUUCAUUGGCAGCUGAAAAGCUCACAAAAAUACCCCACAGCUCUCCACCACCGGAACCAGUAGAAACUUCAAUAAUCUCACAGAGACAGCCCAAAACUAGACUGAUGAAAUUUCAUGUUGAAAAUGAACUGUCAGGAGACAGAAUGCUUCCACAAAUGUCAGGAGAAAUCAUGGACAUAUCUAAAGUACCAGAAGGUGAAGACAAAGGCAUUAGAACAAGGAAGCAAUCUGUAAAGCGGAAAUUGGACACAGCAGUCAGUGUGCCCUGCAGCAAGAGGCAGCGAGUUGCAGAAGUGGAAAAAGUACAGACCCUAGAGGACCUGCCUGGCUUCCAAGAGCUCUUCCAAACUCCAAGCUCAGCAGUGGACUCAGUGACUAUAGACAAAACCACAAAGAUGCCCAGCAAAUCUCCAGAGCCCAUGGGCACAACUUCAAAGACACAGCCAGGAAGAAGACUCAGGAGAGUGGGUGUGACCAAAGAGCCUAUAGCUCAAAAAAAGACGACAAGAGUGUUACGGGAAACCAGAAACACACACAAAGAGCCUGUGGGUGACAGUAAAGAUGUCAAAGAAUUGAAGGAAUCUUCAAUGCAGAAACAAGACCCAGCUGUAAGUUUAACUAGCAAGAGGGGCCAAUCAAGGACACAUAAGAAGACUGGACCCUUAGAGGAGCUGCCCAGCAUCCAAGAGGAAACAGCCACAAGAGUAUCUUGCAAAUCUCCACAACCAGAAGAAAAGGAAACCUCAGUAGCCUCAAAGAGGCAGCUCAGAAUACGACUGCGCAAAAUAGAUGUGAAAGAAGAGCCCACAGCACAGAGAAAGCCAACAGGCAGGGAAACCAGAAAUACACUAAAAGAGUCCAUGAGUGAUAGUGGAAAUGUUGAGGAACUUAGAGAGUCCACAAAGCAGAAGAUUGACCCAGCAACAGGUGUGCCUGUUAGCAAGAGGCCACAGAGAGUACUCAGGGAAAGGGCAAAAUGCCUAGAAUUGGCUGGUCCCAAAGGACCAGGUCAUACUGAGGAAUCAGCAAAUGAUGAAAGACCCACACAGAUGCCCUUCAGUUCUCCACAACCAGAACAAAUAGACAGCCUCCAAACCUCACCAAGACGUCCCAGGACCAGACGAGGGAAAGUAGAGUUGGAUGAAGUGCCUUCAUUAGUCAGGAAGACAGUGCCAACAUCAAGGCAAACUUCAAGAUCCCACAAAGUCCCUGAAAUUGAUGACAAAGACACCCAAGCUUCAGAAGAGCCUGGAAAGCAAAAAUUAGAAACAGUUACCACUGUAACUGGCAGCAGGAGGCGGCAGCUAAGGGCACCUAAGGAUGAGGUCAAAACUCUUGAAGUCCCGGAUGACUCCAAAGAAGUAACUCAAAUGUCAGAGCACACUGAGAAACCAAGACAUGACACCAGUAGCGUUAAAAACACUCUCCAGCAAAUGCCAGACCCCAUAAAACCUCUGAGAACAUCCAGGAGAGUGCUAAGGGCCUCUAAAGAGGACACUGUGAAAACAACCUUGGAAAUGGUGGUGGAUAUCAGAGAUCCUGCAGAAUCACAAAGCAAAAGCAAUACUUCCCUGCCCCCCAAGAGGAAGUCUGCAAGAGAUGGAAGCAUUUCAAGAACCAGGGGGCUGUGCUCUUUGUCUCCUAAGCAAGAACCAACAGAUGAGAAACCUGCACCUAAGAAACAGAGGACUGCUUUCAGCAAGAGGCACCUGUCACCUGAGCCUGUGAAGAUGAAACAGCUGAGAAUCAUGUCAAACAAAAUUGAACCAGUGGAAGAGCAGAUUAGCAACAUCCUGGAAGAAAAGGAAGUCCAAGUAGAAAAUUCAGCCCAUCCAGACCAGAAAAUGCCUCUGCCCUCCAGAAACCAAAAGAAAACCAAUAAAAAACAACCAACACCCAAGGCUAGUGCAUCUGCAGAGAAGGCUGGGAUAAAGAAAACUGAGAAGACUGUGAAGACCUCCCAGGAGACUGAGCUGCAGAACACAGAUGAUGGAGCCAAGAAGUCUACAUCCAGGGGCAAAGUCAGUGGGAAAAAGACAUGCUUGAGGUCUGGAGGACAGAGUGAGAUUCCCCCGCCUCAUGCGUCAGAAGAGAAAACAAGUGCGACGGGUGUAGAAAUCUUGGUAAAGACUCAGAAAGAGAAAGGCAUCUGUGGAGAUUCAGAUGUCAGGUGUUUGAGAUCCAGAAAAACUGGAGUCACUUUGGACAGUGAACCUAAGCCAAGAGUAACUCGGGGUGCCAAGAAAGAUACAAAAGUUCUAAAGAAGGAUGAAGACAUUGUAUACACCACGAAAUUAAGGACAAGAAGUUGCCAGAAUAGUAGAAAUAUGUAGCAAAGACAUUUAAGAAGGCAAUAUUAAGUUAGCUUAGUGAUAAAUUCCAGUGUGGUUUUCACCUCUUGUGUAAAGGUAAACUGUAAAUAAUACUGCCCAUGUUUAAGGAAGGAAGCUUUGAGCUUUUGUGGUUAUUCUCUCUUCAAACUCCAAUGGAGAUCAUAAAGGGUGUCACCAGGAUCUCAGAGCAAUAACAAUGUAAAAGUUUGGGGGUGGGCAGGCAGAAGUGUGGUCCUCUGCCCUGCACAAUAAAGUUCUGAAGUUCA